GUGUGUUAAGACCACCGGCACCGCCGGUCACCACUACCCGUCAUCGGCCGAUCUUUUUGCCAAAACCAACAAAAAUAGCCGAUUCAUGACUUGCUGCGUCGUACACUGACAGUUAUACCCCGCUCAUUUACUCCUCCCUCUCUCUCUCAUUUUCCGGACCUUCUCUCCUUCUCUCUCCGUGACCGUGACGACGGAUAGUCACAGAGAGGAAGGAAGAAGAAGAAGACAAAAGGACUAGUUUCGAAAGCGCGUAAACCCUAAGGAGUCAAUGGAGUAUCAUCACCAAGCCUCUGCUAUUCUGACCAAGAAACUCUCUAACGGCUACAGCAUAUACGACGGCGUUUUUAGUGGUCCGGCGAAGCUCGGUUCUCGAGUACUGGAGAAUUACGGAGAGAUUUUUGGUGGCUCUGGCGCCGUGUCUUCGAUUCCUAUUCUAGAUGUGCCGGAGCUGAAUGAGGGGAAGGUCACCGUGGAUGUACGGAGCUCGAGGCUCGAUUACUCGAAGAUUUUUGGCGGUUUUGGAGAAUCGGAUUUUGCGGUGUCGUAUGAGGAGUUGUUUGCUAAGCCAAACAAAGUGAGAAAGUCUUCUUCUGAAGCUCGGACUAUGAGAAAGGCAGGAUCCUAUGGAGAAAAGUCAGAUCCUUCAAAGUUCUCAGAAGACAUAAAUGUGUCCUCACGUGAAGCUUCCUUUCAAUCCUUUGAUGGUGUGAAACAAUUCAAUGUAUCCUAUCAAAAGACUAAUGAAGGAAUUGGGCAGGGGACAAAUGGAACUACGCAUAUUGCUCAUCUCCAUGCUGUUCCUGGAUUUGCUUGUUUAAUUAAUGAAAUUCCCUCUGAAGGAGGCAAGUCAACUCCAGUUGUAAUAGAUGGUGCUCAUUCUAACGUUAAAUUCCAUGAGAGAACAAUGGAAGGCAGUCCUCGCAAGAAUGCCCGAUCAGUUCCUGGACUUUGUGAUACUGCCAAGAAGACACCUAAAAGUGGGAAUUGUAAUAGAUCCAAUUCAAAUGAAAUGUUAUUUGAUGCAUUUAAAAUUGAUUUCAGUCAUCUUCCUUCGAUAUCACCACCUUCCGAAGCAUCACAUCAAGUGGGUAAUAAUAAGCUUCAUUUCCAGAGAUCUGAGGCUUCAAAGAUUGAGGAUUCUGGACCUGAUGGUCCUGAAGGUGCUUCUGGUAGUUGUUCUCCACCUUAUUUUGAUGAGGAAAUUGAUGCAAAUUCAGUUGCUGCUGCAUCUGCAGCUGCUGUUAGAAAGGCGAUAGAGGAGGCUCAAGCGAGGAUAAAAAUUGCGAAAGAAUUAAUGGAAAGAAAGAAGGAAGCUCUUCAAAAUGGAGUGAAGCUGAGAUUUCAUGACUUGAAAGCUGAGAAAUGUGACAUUAAAGUAAAGAAAUCAAAAAAGAAGAAGGCUCAGGAUAUUUGUGGAAGAGUCGAUAAGCCUGUGCAACAUUUUGUUGGGAUGCAAAUGCAAAAUGUCAAAGCAAACCAAGUAAGUCCUAUCUUCAUAGGCAGCGAAAAACCUACCGUGGCUAUAGAAGCUGUUGGAAAAAUGGAAAGGGAGGAGUUCAGGUUAGCUCAAGCAGAUCAUCGGCAAGAAGCAACAGAAUAUGUAAAAGCAGCUAAAAGGUUUUGUGAAGUUGCAAAUACGGAUUUGUGUGAAGAUACAGUGUUGAAGCAUGAGCUGGCAAACAAUGGAAAGGAAAACAUUCAAUCACAAAGCAAAUUAGAAUUGAAGGAGAAGAAAGCAUAUAUGGAAAUCCUUGAGAUGUCACAGGAAUGUGAUAUGAUACCGAUAUCUGUUGGUGCUCAUGAACUAGACAGGUUUGAAGGAAAAGUAAACUGUGAGUUGAAAGAAAAUGCCAACAAAUUGAGUUCAACUCAAAAGGUUCAUGAUCAGGAAGAAAAUAAAGACAAAUUAGGAAAUGCUCAAGAGCUCCAAGAAUCUGAGCAGAAAGUAAACUUAUCAAAUGGAGAUCAAAUAUGUAAAAUUAUCUUGAAAGAGCUUCAAAUUCCCUCAGAAGAUGAGAAGAAACUCAGAGAACCUGAUGAAGGAGGAGUGUGUAGUAGGUCAAGGAAUCCUGAAUCGAAGGAAAAAGAGAGGAAGCAAAACGAUAUUUCUUUGCUUAAUGAGAAUGAAAAGUCACAUGAGGAACCUUGUGAGUGGAUUGAAGAUGCAGAGACACAGGUAGCUGCAUGGACACUGGAAGACAAUAAGGGAGGGACUGAUGCCAAUUGGAACAAAGAGAAGAAGUCAGAUCAGGUUUAUCAGCAGAAGGUAAAUGAGGUCAGACAUGAUGUCUACAAUAAUGGGGAGGAAAGUCCAAAAUCAAUGGAAGAAGUGUAUGAGAUCGAAGAUAAGAGUGCUCUUAAAGAGACGGGGGAGGAUGAGGAUAAACUUGAAGAUGCUAACCAGGUGAAUGAUAAUGAGGAGAGAUGGGAUGAAACCAACGAAUGGGUACAAACUGAGAGAACAGAAUCAGAAAUUGAUCAGAGGACAGCUGGUGAGAUUGAAAGUGACACUCAAGAGAACUUAAUUGACCAGGAGAACGAUCUUGAGGAAUCUGAUGAUUUGUGUGAGCAGGAUGAUAAUGAUGAGCUAAGCAGGGCUAGAGAAUCCUGUUGUCACGAAGAAGACAUAAAAGAUAUUGAUGAAACUGCUGAGGCAUGUGCAUAUGAAGAGAAUGGGAGGAUGUUGGAAGUAACAAAAGCACCGUUUCAUCCCAAAAAGAAUAAACAGGAGUCAAAAGCAACUACAGAUGGCUAUAACAAGGAGAAGGAGAACUUUGAAACCAGUGGCCAGGUGCAAUGUACCCGCGAACUUAAUGAGGCGGCAAAGCAUUUGAAGGAUGCAGGUGAGGCCCUUGUUUUUGAUGAAAAUGAUUCAUAUUUGGGUGAAACUUGCACUGACUUUAGGCAAGAGCAAAAUGAAUAUGUUAUUGAAACUGAAACAGUCUAUGGUCCUGGAGAGCAAACUGAAGCAUCAGCCAGUCAAUCAGGAGAGAGUGACAAUGAUGUGGAGGAGUCUAAACCUGCCAUCAAUGAGGAAAACAAGGAGAACAAGUUUGAAUCUUCUAAUGGGGAAAGACAGGUUGAUAAUGGGACACUGGUGGAAACACCUCAGCUGCCUAGUACAUCGGAGGGGAAGGGGAGAGCUGAGGAACCUGCCAAAGAGGUCAAAACCACCCAAAUUCCACAAAAUAAAGAGGAGACUCAUCUGAAGAACUCGACAAGGGAUGAGAGAGAAGCUGAAAAUAGUUCACGAAAAAAGGUGGAAUUGGAAAAGAAACGCCGUAAAAGUUUAGAAGGAGAAAAAGAAAGGGAAAGAGAAAAUGAGAGAAUAGCUGUUGAAAGAGCAAUCCGUGAAGCUCGUGAGCGGGCUUUUGUCGAAGCCCGAGAAAGGGCAGAAAGAGAGAGAGCAACUGCUGAAGCUCGUAGAAGAGGGGUGGCUGAUGCCCGAGAAAAGUCAGAGAGGGCUUCUAUAGAAGCAAAUGAGAAGUCACCAGCUGAGAAGGCUGCCAUGGAAGCCAAACUUAAAGCAGAACGUUCUGCAGUAGAGAGAGCAACUGCAGAGGCACGGGAGCGUGCCCUAGAAAAAGCAUUGUCUGAAAAGGCUUUUAGAGGAAGAAACUGUGGUGAAAAGGUUGCAGCUGAGAAGGUUUCUGGCAGUUCAAAAGAUAAUGGAAUGAGACAGAGCUAUCCACAUUAUGAUUCACAGAAUAAAGGCUCAGAUUCUUCCAACAGCUCGAGAUUUCCUAGUUCUGCAAAUCAUAGUAUUCCCAACUCGAACGAGAAAUUUGAUGGAACCAAUGGUGAACGUACUCAGCAAUGUAAAGCUACGCUGGAAAGGGAUCAAAGGACAGCAGAACGUGCGGCAAAAGCUCUCGCAGAGAAGAAUAUGCGCGAUCGUCUUGCUCAGAAAGAACAAGCCGAGAGAAAUAGAUUAGCUGAAACUCUGGAUUCUGAAGUGAAGCGGUGGUCAAAUGGGAAAGAGGGGAACUUGCGAGCCCUGAUCUCAACACUUCAAUAUAUCCUUGGGCCAGAUAGUGGAUGGCAGCCAAUUCCUCUAACAGAUAUGAUUACAACUACUGCGGUAAAGAAAGCUUACCGUAAAGCCACCCUUUUUGUUCAUCCUGACAAGUUGCAGCAACGGGGUGCAAGCAUACAACAGAAGUACACGUGUGAGAAGGUUUUUGAUCUUCUGAAGGAGGCUUACAACAAGAUCAGCGCUGAGGACAGAUAGAAAUUGUCCCGCUGGCCACUUUUCAUUAUGCAAGAAUAGACAGAUGAUGGAAUUGGAUUUCUGAAGAGAAUAGGCAAUGCCAAGUCCAAGAUGUGCUCACUGUAUAAAUUUAUAAUUGCUUGUAUGCCAAUUGGCAUUGAACUUCUAUCCAUGAAGCAUUGAGUUGGAAGCAAAUUUGCAUCUAAAACGAGUUUACAGCAAAUGAAAGCAAAUGGUAUGCAAAUGAUUGCUUAAUAGAGUGUACACGCAUAAUCAAUAAUUAAUUUGCAUACUUUGUUCUCAAA